AUGUCCUACACCCUCCACCUCCGUCUCAUCAACGACACCUCCGACACCCUGACUCUCGUCGAACAAACGAGCUGGUGGGGCAAAAACACCAUCUGGUCGCAAGUCCGGUCCACGGGCGUGCACGUGCUCUCCAUGGCGGCAUCCGGCUCGUCCGGCAUGCUGCGGUUCCAGACCAGCAAGGGCGACUUCUUCGCCGUGGCCGUGGGCGUGCACAACUACAAGCGGUGGUGCGACGUUCUUGUCGACACUGCUGAUGAGGCGCCCUUGACCAAGUUGCAUCCCAAGUACUAUGAUGAUAAGGAUGCCAAGUACCAGGCUUUGUGGGCGCAGGCGUCUGAGUUUGAGGCGAAGAGUAAGAGCGGGAAGACGGUUAGGAUCAAGUUCUAUCAGGCCGAUGGGAAUGUGUUGAGGGCUACGGUUGAGUAUCUUUGA